GUGGAAAUGUGGUUGAUUUCUGUAUAUAUCGACAUCAGUUGUUAUACAUCAUAGGAAACGGUUUUACUUGUAGUAAACGGUUCUUUGCGGAGGGAUAGGGUUCUACCAAUAACAAUUGUUGAUCAGAACCCCUUUUGGAAGACAAGGAUCCUUUGUUAGGCAAAGUGUUCCAUCUGAAACAUUUAACAUCAUAAGAACCGUUUUUGGAAGAAAGGGUUCAUGGACGUUUUUUGGAAGGCAUGGAGGGUGCUGCAUAGAACCAUCUAUAAUGUUUCCCAGCAUGAUGCCCAAGUCAAAGGAAGUUCUGUCAUCUACUUCUGGCAGUGCCAGUGCCAGUGACUCAGACAGUGAGGCUGAGACCAAGGCCAAGAAGAGAAAGCAAGCAGCGCCAGAGAAACCAGCAGCUAAGAAACCGAAAGGAGGGGAGAGUUCCAAACCUGGUGGAACCUCCAAGGGAAGUGGCAACAAGGACAAGGAUGACAACAAGUUCCAGAUUGGGAAGAUGAGGUAUGUGAGUGUUCGUGAAUUCAAAGGAAAGUGUCUGAUUGACAUCCGUGAGUACUGGAUGGACCAGGAGGGAGAGAUGAAGCCGGGCAGGAAAGGUAUCUCACUAAACCCAGAGCAGUGGAACCAGCUGAAGGAUCAAAUCUCUGAGAUCGACGACGCUGUGAAGGCGAUAUAAGAGGGAGGCCUCUGGCUGCCUGGGAUUUACCAUCCACAACCAUACAUUCUGUUUUUGUUCUUAACUUUGCCACCAUUUUUUAUAUUGUUAUUGAAACAUUUUUAAAGGAAGAGACCCACAUUUUUUAAGUGACCGACCAAGACAACAUUGUGUAUAUUUUAAAGUUUAAAGUUUCUGUUUACUUCUUGUGCUGUGUUUGAAAACCCAAUGUAUGUUAUGCUUGUUGAGUGCUUCAGAUGUAGCUGUAUGUGUGUUUGUGUCUUAUUGGGUUUGCUAUAAUAAGUAAUCAAUAAAAGCCAUUUAAAGGGAC